CUUUUGAGGCAUAAGCAAUUAGGAAAUAACACUUACUACCCAGGAACAAAAAAAUAAAUAAUUGUUACACGGUGUUAUUUGUGUGUGUUUAGUAAUUUGCAUUGCUCUUAAGCUUACAUAGGGUGCAGUGCAAAAUAAUUGCCAGGCUGCAACACAAUCUGAAUUGUGCACAAGCAAUUAUUUGCACUGCGCCUAUGCUUACAUCUACCCUUAAAUAAUCCCACACAUUCAAGAGACACAACCUAUAAUGUAAUCACACCUUAUGACAAUGUGAUGGUUGGUUAGCAUGUCCUUGUUGCAAUUUCUCUCCUCCACUGUCUCUCUAUUUACAAAAUACAAUAAUCUUUAUUUUCAAAAUUAGCACAUUAAAGCUGAAUAUAAAUGCAAUACAAUAUUGCCACUUGUGGCAUUGGGUAUAUCACACCUGAACAAGGAAGCUGUUUUUUUUUUUUUUUUGGUUAAACAGGUUUCAUUUAGAAAUACAUUUGUAAUUAAGUAUGGAUGUAGUUAAAAGGUAUUGAGCUACUAAAAUGUAGAACAAAAAUGUAAAUUCCAAUAAAAGCAAAGUUGUUAAAUUCUGCAUCUGUAAUAACAAAUUAGAAUGAAAGUGAAAGUAGGUUGAAGUUCUUCUCUGAUUAUAAGGAGCCAUUACAGUUAGCAAGGCAGGGUGUGACUUGUACAGAAAUGGCAGCAAACACUUCUGGUCUGGAAGAAGAGCUUUCCUGUGCUGUGUGCUGUGAGAUUUUCAAGGAUCCUGUAACUCUUCGUUGUAACCACAGCUUCUGUAAAGCAUGUCUGGAUCGCUACUGGCAAGAUAAGAAAACUCGGGAAUGUCCAGUGUGCAGGGGGAGGUCCUCAGGCCCUCAGCCGCCUGUGGAUUUCAGGCUCAGGAAUAUUGUGGAGUCCUUUUUAAAAGAACACAGUCACAAACCUCCAGUGCCGACUGGAAUGCUCUGCAGUUUGCAUGAUGAAAAACUGAAGCUGUUCUGUGUGGAUGAUAAAGAAGCUGUCUGUGUUGUUUGUCAAACUUCAGAGAAACAUGAGAAUCACAAGUUCCGGCCAGUUCAGGAAGCUGCAAGGGAUUUUAAGGAAGAAAUCAAGACUACAAUGAAGCCCUUGCAGGACAAGCUGGAAUCCUUUAAUAAAGUUAAAAAAGAAUGUGAUAAAACAGCAAAGCACAUCAAGAAACAAGCCCAGCAAACAGAGAGGCAGAUAAAGGAGGAGUUUGAAAAACUUCACAAGUUUCUACGAGAUGAAGAAAAGGCCAGGAUAGCUGCACUGAGGGGGGAAGAGGAACAAAAGAAAAAACUCCUAGAAGACCAGUUGGAGAAUAUUACAAGAGAAAUAGCAACCCUUUCAGAUACAAUCCGAGUGAUGGAGCGGGAAAUGAAAGCAGAAGAAGUCUCAUUCCUUCAGAACUACAAUGAUACAAAGAGAAGAGCCGAGUGCACACUGCAGGAUCCAGAGUGUGUUUCAGGAGUGCUGAUAGAUGUAGCCAAGCACCUGGGCUCUCUGAAGUACAAAGUCUGGGAGAAGAUGCUGGGAAUUGUUCAAUACACUCCAGUGACUCUGGAUCCCAACACAGCACACCCUGCUCUGAUACUCUCUGAUGAUCUAACAAGUGUAAAACACAGUGAUGAUAGACAGCAGCUUCCUGACAACCCAGAGCGGUUUCAUCCCUGUGUUAAUAUGUUGGGUUCUGAGGGAUUCACUUCAGGGAAACACUGCUGGGAAGUUGAGGUGGGGAACAAAACUAACUGGACUCUAGGUGUGACAAAAGAGUCCAGCAAGAGGAAAGGGGGCAUCAAGCUGAACCCAGAAGGAGGAUACUGGGCUAUAGCCCUGAGGGAUGGGGAUCGUUACAGUGCAUAUAUCUCACCAGUGACACAACUCACUCUGGAGAAUAAACCCAAGAAGAUUAGAGUUCAGCUGGACUAUGACGGGGGAGAGGUGGCAUUCUUUGAUGCCAGUGAUAUGAGACCUAUCUACACUUUUAAAGAGAGAUUUACUGAGAGAAUGUUUCCAUAUUUCUCUCCUUACCUAAAUAAAGAUGGGAAAAACUCUGCGCCCCUUAAAAUCUGCCCUGUGAAGACAGUUAUAAAAGUGGACUAGUCUGAUGUGUUCAGGGUAAACAACAACAACAAUAAUAAUAAUAAUAAUAAUAAUAAUAAUAAUAAUAAUAAUAAUAAUAAUAAUAAUAAUAAUAAUGAACCUGUGAUCCUGUACACUGAUGUGAGGCAGGGCCCUUAAUGUAUUUAGUGUGUGUGUGUUGGUGAUUGAGUGCUAAUUGGAGAGUGGCCACAGGUAUAAAAGGAAGGAAAAAUUUGUCUGAUGGAGAGAGUAGGUGAGGGUGAGGGUGAGGGUGAGGGUGAUGCCCAGCCUAUUGUACUUAUUGUUUUGUUUAACCUUAUGUUGGCCCUUGUGUCUGUUUAUUUGUUCGUGUGUUUAUUUGUUUUUUUAUUUGUUUAAUAAAUGUG